GCAAGUUCCCCGGGAGCGGGCAGCUCAAUUGCUGCGAGCUGCCCACCACCUCCAACAUAUUCCAGGGGCUCGUUGCCGAGCUCCUCUCCCGGGGUCCUGCCCGAGGGACGGGGCUCUCCCCGCUCCAUCGCCCCCGGGCAGAGGAGCCGCGGGUGGAGGCAGAACCCCCGCUCCAGGGGCGCUGCCCCCGCACCCCGCCGUGCUGGGCCUCGCACGGCAGCGGGGCUGGAGGAGGAGGAGCAGCGAGGAGGCUGGUCCGGGCGGCGGGGCCGCGGGGAAGGAGGAAGAGCGCGGCGGGAGGAAGAGCCAGCGGGUGAGCCCGGCCGGUGGGUCCGGGCAGGGCGGUGGGUGCUGCCCGACCCCCAGCUGCCGCCCCGACGGGCAGCGGGUGCAGGCAGGGCUGAAACCUCAGCUCGCCGCCCCCAGCACCCCGAAGAGCCGCAGGAGCCCCAAAUCAUGUCUGCAAGGGACGGCUGGAGCCCCCCAGAGUGAGGAGUGUCUGGACCCACAGCUUCUCCUAGCUUCCCCCCGAUCCUGCUCCUGGCCGUGGGGCACCUAAUCCCCACGAGCAUUACCUCGGUAGCUGAUUGUCACCCACUGGGACCUCCAGCUGCAAGCUCGCUCAGAGCGCAGCCAGAGUCCUGCGGUUUCGGAGGAUGGCGGCAGCAAGCUGGUACCACCGGGACAUCAGCCGGGUGGCGGCGGAGGAGCUGCUGGCCAAGGCCGGGCGGGAUGGCUGCUUCUUGGUGCGGGACAGCGAGUCGGUGUUGGGGGCAUAUGCCCUCUGCCUCCUGUUCCAGCGGCACGUCCACACCUACCGCAUCCUCCCCAAUGACAAGGGGCUGCUCUCUGUCCAGACCAUCCAGGGCAUCCAAGCCAAGUGCUUUCGCACCCUACCUGACCUGAUCGGCGCCUACCAGCAUCCCAACAACGGGCUGGUGACACCCCUGCUCCACCCUGUGCACUGCACAAGGCAGGCAGCUGACGACGACUCGGACGGGGAGGAUGGCCGAGGCGGGGGGCACACGGUGAGCGCAGUGCCGGCCGGGGGAGCCAGGACAGGUGGGUGUCUCAGUGUUCCCAUCGCCGGCCGGACCCACAUCUCACAGCAGCUGCACCAGAGGCUGCAGGAGCAGAUCCACAGCAGCCCAGCCAGCGACUUCAUGGGCUUCAUGGCCGAGUACCUGAGCCACCACCUGCAGCUGGACCUGGAGGCUCUGCGCCACGGCCACCCGCAGCUCCGCCACCUCAGCACUGCGCUCGUCACCGCCUGCCGGGCACUGCAUAGCGAGAUCGACUUCACACUGGCAGGUCUGGAGACACUGGCCAGGGUGUUUGACCCCUCUGCGUCCACUCAGAGCCUGGCCAGCGAGCAGGGUCUCCUGACCAGUGAUCCAGACCUUGAGCUGCUCCUUAACAAGAUAUCCACAGUCAACCAUCUCCUCUCUUCGCUGGAGAAGAAGGUGCUCAAGUCACUGCAGGAGACGGUGUCGAGGCACAACCUGUCACUGCCCAGUGAGGUGACAGCCCCCGCUCCGGCCACCAAACCCCUGGCUGUGCAGAGCUUUGAGGUGAAAGCAGGCAAGUCACAGCGGGCAGCCCUGACAGUGGACGUGGAGUCGGGCACGGUGACCAUCACCAAGAAGGGCAGCGGGUCCCCAGAGGAGACCAUCCCACAGAACAAAAUUCUGCAGCUGAUCAAGUACCAGAGUGUGCAGAGCAAGGUGAGGCUGGUGUAUAACCGGGAGCCACAGAGGAGCCUCAGCAGAGACUUUGUCUUCCCCAGUGCACGGAAGCGAGAGGCCUUCUGCCAGCUGCUGCAGCUGAUGAAGAUCCAGCACUCCAACCUGGAUGAGCCUGACCUCAUCUCGGUGUAUGUUGGGACGUGGAACAUGGGCAGCACCCCGCCACCCCGCUCCCUAGCCUCCUGGCUGACCUCGAGGGGCUUGGGGCGCACGCAAGAUGAGACCACCACCUGCAUCCCCCACGACAUCUACGUCAUCGGCACCCAGGAGAACUCCCUGGGUGACCGUGAGUGGGUCGAGUUCCUCCGCGCAUCGCUCAAGACCCUGAUGUCCAUCGACUACCGCGUGGUGGCUCUACAAUGUCUCUGGAGCAUCAAGAUGGUGGUUCUGGUGAAACCCGAGCACGAGCGGCGCAUCAGCCACGUCCACACCUCCAGCGUGAAAACCGGCAUUGCCAACACGCUGGGGAACAAGGGAGCUGUGGGCGUCUCCUUCCUUUUCAAUGGGACCUCCUUUGGCUUCGUCAACUGCCACCUGGCCUCGGGCAGUGAGAAGACUCACAGGCGUAACCAGAACUACAGUGACAUCCUGCGCUCCCUGGUCCUAGGUGACAAGCAGCUCAGUGCCUUUGACCUCACCCUGCGCUUCACCCACCUCUUCUGGUUCGGGGACCUCAAUUACCGCCUGGACAUGGACGUGCAGGACAUCCUUGCCCAUGUAACCAAGAAGGAGUUUGACGCCCUCCUGGCUGUCGACCAGCUCAACCUGGAGCGGGAGAAGAACAAGGUGUUCCUGCGAUUCCGUGAGGGCGACAUCUCCUUCCCACCCACGUACCGGUACGAGCGGGGUUCCCGUGACACCUACAUAUGGCAGAAGUUCAAGCCCACGGGGGUGAGGAUCAAUGUCCCCUCGUGGUGUGACCGCAUCCUGUGGAAGUCACACCCGGAGACCCACGUGGUCUGUAACUCCUACGGCUGCACCGAUGACAUUGUGACCAGCGACCACUCACCCGUUUUCGCCACCUUCGAGGUGGGAGUGACGUCGCAGUUUGUGCCCAAGAAGGCCCCCGGCUCUGGCCCCGAGCCCCUGGCCUGCAUCGAGUGGGAGAGCAUCGAGGUGAUCAUCAAAACCACCAGCCGCAGCAAGUGCUACAUUGAGUUCCACUCCUACUGCCUGGAGGAGGUCCAGCGGAGUGGGGAGAACACGUCCCAGAGCUGCGACAUCCCUGGAUUCCUCAAGCUGGGCUGGUCUGCAAAGCAUCUGCCCGUGCUGAACCCCAUCCUGCCAGACCUGGAGUACCUGGGGGACCAGCACCUGCUUCUCAGUGUCAAGGGUGUGGAGAGCUACGAGUCCUAUGGUGAGUGCUGCAUCGCCAUGAGGUCCCUGAUCAGCAGCUUGGCCCAGCAGUUCGAGACCUUCCUGUCCCACCGCGGCGAGGAGACGGGCUCCAUCCGCGGCUGGGUGAAGGUGUGUGUCCCCACCGACAGGCGCAGCACCCGCGAGAGGCUCUAUGAGUGGAUCAGCUUUGAGGAGGAGGAGGAGGAUGCUGAGCCGGUGGCAGACACCCCACCAUGCCCCACACCCCCCCCAAAGCACCCCAGGAGCCGACCACGGAGCCUCCCAGAGCCGGCUGCCGGUUACACCAACCCCGCUUACUUCAUCUUUGAGGGGGUCCCCAGCACCUGGGCACCGACCCCCACUGCCGGUGCAGCCCACAACCAGCAGUCAGAGAGCCCAGCCGGGGGCCAGCGGCACUGGAGCCCCCUUGGGGCACGGGUCCCCUCGCCCUCAGAGGGAGAGCAGGGGAGUAGCCGGCCCCACUGUGUGCCGGGGGGCAUGUCCCGUAGGUGCCCGCUCAGUCCCCCUGGCAUGGGCCAGCUGAACAGACCCAAAUCGGCCGUCCUGAUGAGUGACACGGCGGCGCUGGGUGACUGCUCGCUGACAGCACUGCACAUGGCCACCUGCCUGAGCCAGCUGGACCGAGUGGCCCUCAAACACGGCAGGGACAGCCAGAAGACCCUCCUGCGCCAGACCCACAGCGCCCUAGAGCCACCGCCACGGCCGUGCUGGGAGGUGCUGAGGUGCACACGGGAUGCUCACCAGCAUUGCCACCCCAGAGAGUGGCCCUGUGACAGGGGUGAGUGGUCCCAUGGCGUUGGCAGGUGCCUGGGCCACCCUGGCUCGCGGCAGGACAUGGAAGGGCUGCAGGAGCGCGGCUGGGACCACCCGGAGAUGUUCAGAGACAUCACAGAGCAGGAUGUGCUGGACACGGUGAUGCUCAGCCCGACCCAGCCCCAGCUCGACCCCAGCAGCCUCAACGAGGGCACAGUGGUGAGUGUGCCACCGAGACCUGACCUGAGACCCAGCACCUAAGCCGGAUGCCAGCACCCGCCUGCACUCAGCUCCCAACGUGUCCACCCUCACCAGUAAGCAAUUGGUGUUUCUCGGUUGGAAAGUCUCAGGAUGCUCUUACAGCCAUCAGGACAGUCAGACACUCUCUGGGUCUCUCUGUCUCCAUCCUCCCUCCCCGAAGUGAUGGAAGGAUGACACUGAGCCUCACCAGAAAGGGGGGACGGGGGACACAGGAGAUGCUGAGGCCAGUUGGGAAGUGGGGACUGCUGGGUGCUUUGGACCUCAAGGCUCAGCCUACAAGAGCACAGCGGCACCUGUGGCCAGCCCAGCCCUGCACACCCUUGUGCCUUUGGCCUCAGUGGCUGCUCCCUCCUCACCAGGCUCAGCCCUGGCUGGACACCAUUCCCACGGGACUUUCUCCUACAGCAGCUGCUCCUGAGGCGGCGGUGCCGCUGCCUUGCGAGAUCCCCUUGCUGUGCCCAUCCAGAAUAAAUCCUCAGGGACACCAGG